AUGUCACUCUCUGCUCUGCCAGGAAACUAUUCUGAUCAUGUUCCUUUAUUAUUUCGAUCUGCUAAUGCAUUUGAUUGUGGUCCAAAGCCAUUUAGAUCUGUUGAUGCUUGGUGGGAGCAUGAGGGUUUCAAAAAGUUUGUUUCAGAUAGCUGGAUUACGGCCUGUGAGAAAUCAUCUGAUCUCACAUCCAGACUUAAGGAGCUUCGGCUUUCCAUUAAAGGUUGGAACCAGAAUGUGUUUGGCGACCAAAACAAGAGGAUUCAAGAACUAUCAGAGGAGAUUUUUCGGAAAGAAGCGUUGGUUGAUGUCAAUAUGUUUUCGGAGGAUGAAAGAAUGGUUAUUGGCGACCUUAAAGCUGAUCUAUGGGCUGUGGAAAAAAGAAUUCAAUCUAUAAAUAAUCUUAUCUCCUCUAUCCAAGUUGAGGAAGCCACCUACACCAAUCCUAGUGAUAUUCGAGGUUAUAUAAGAGAUUUCUUCAAAUCCUUAUACAGACAGCAGAAUGGGAUAAACUUUGAUCUCUCUAGGCUAGUUUUUGAGAAAAUUACUGAGGAACAAGCAACCGGUUUGAUAAGGCAGUUUAGUGAAGAGGAAAUCUUCAAAGCGCCUGUGUCUUGUGGUGAGAGAAAGGCUUCAGGGCCAGAUGGGUUCAAUUUUUACUUCUACAGGCGAGCAUGGCGUUUUAUGAAAGAUGUUAUCCAGGGUUUUUUUGAGGACUUUCAUAGUUCAAAUUUUUUACCUAAAGGAAUAAAUACGUCUUUCAUGGUCUUGAUUCCGAAAAUGGCGGGCUCAGCUAACAUCAAAGACUAUAGACCUAUUAGUUUAGUAAAUGGCUUCUUUAAGUUACUCUCCAAGACUUUGUCUCUGAGAUUAGCGCCUCUACUAACUAAAGUUAUCUCGGAAAGCCAACAUGCCUUUUUAAAAGGUAGGAGCGUUCGAUGA